AAAGAGUAAAGAAUACAUAUACACAUGCCACUACGCAAGCGCUGUCAGAAAUUUUGAACUAUAUAGUGUAUAAAAAUUACAAUAUUUUAUUCUAUGUAUAUUCUGUACGUGUAGUGUGUAGAUUGUUGACUCAAACGCCCAAUCAGUAUCGUUAUCUCAAUCAAUUCUCAUUUGUUAAUUGUUAUAAAAUUAGUAAAAAACUAUAUAUAUACAAUAAAAUUUUAUUAUUUUAACUUUUAAGUGUUAAAUAUAAUUUUUGGCUGAAAAAUGGCUUUAUCAAAACCUAUUAUGAAUUUAGUUGCAUCUUAUUUACAAAACUUGUACUUGCACCCAAUAAAAACAAAAUCGAUAUCAAGUUGUGUGGUUGGCUGUGCAGGCAGCAUUGCAUCACAAGUUGUUGCAGGUGAACGGAUAAAGUUGGACCCAAUCUUUGCAUUUGGACUUUAUGGGUUAAUAUUUGGUGGAACCAUUCCCCACUAUUUCUAUGAACUCAUAGAAAGAUUGUUUCCUCAUGAAGCAACUGCCUUUCCUCUUGCAAAAAAGCUUAUAUUUGAAAGGCUAGUUAUUGCACCACUCAUGCAAGCUUUCUCUCUAUACACACUUGCAAGAUUUGAAGGAAAGAAUCACAAAGCAGCAUCAAAACAGUUACAUUCACUAUACUUGACUGUAUUAGAAGCAAACUGGAAAUGGCUAACACUUUUCCAAGUUAUAAAUUUGGCCUUUGUUCCCCCAAUGCUCAGAGUACUAUUUAUGAACAUAGUUGGAUUUGGUUGGGCAAUGUUCAUAGCCUCAAAACGUAGACAGAGUCAGAAAAAAGAAUCUUCAUAAUUAAAUAUCUAAUUGGUGUUGGUGCUGACUUAUACAUAUCUUCUGGUCAUUUUGAUAAGAUAUAAAUACCACUUGUACUCUACAUCACCCUGUUUAUAAAUGACUAUUACAUAUGUAAUGAAUGUGAUACUAUAGUCUUAUGUAAGCAUUCCAAAUGAAUUUAAUAUUAGUUAAAAUUGUUAGUAAAAAAACAUUUUUGGAAAAAAUUAUUUUAUUAGUUAGAAAUGUGUCAUUUAUAUGUCAAAUUAUCUAUUUUUAUAUUGGGGAUCAAUGGUUAUAUAAUAUUAUA